UUCUCUCAACGUCACUUUGUAGGGCUUCUCUCACUCAGACAGCUAAUACUUUAGGCUUCACACACAGUACUGUAUGACAUACCUGCCAAACCAUAACCAACAGGAACUACUAACAGAUGAGGCUAUGGAGCGCUGUCAUCCCCUGGUAUGCUGCACGAAGCACUAUAUUCUUGAGGAACGCUUGCAACCGCUCCUGUCCCAGAGAACCCCAAGUGGAUCGCCAUGUGCAUGCUCCUGCCUAUCUGGAAGCUUACGAACUCAUGGAGGAAAACGCUGACAUGAUCUUUGACCCGCAAGACAUGAUGAGUGAACGGGCUUACGACUGUGGUAAAUCUGUCUCCAAGGGAAACACCACUGGUCAGCCCCGUCCCGCCUCAGACCUGCCAGGCCCUCGUGCCUGGCCCAUCGUGGGCUGUCUGCCCUACAUGAUGAGACAUCCAGCCUUCGAUCCAGACCGCCUGUAUCUGUUCUGGCAGGCAGUAAGGGACGAGUUUGGUCCCACGUUUCGCAAGGACAUGCCUGGUCAUUCUCAACUGGUGUUCAUCACGCAACCAGAAGACCUGGAGACGAUGCUGAGGGCCACAAUGUACAAUCCCUUGCGUCCAGCAAUGGCGUCCCUAAAGCGAGUGCGCAGCGACGGAGGCGCUGAUGGAAAGCACCACGCUCAUGACCACCUUUUCCAGGGACGAGCUGGAAUUCUUGCCGAGCAGGAGGAAGAGUGGUGGCGGGUGAGGCGCGUAGUGCAGCGACCCCUCACUGCUUCUCCACUGGUGUCUCAAUACCUGCCCGAGAUGGAUGAUGUCGCCAAGGACUUCGUCAUCAGAAUACGAGCCCUAAGGGAUCACCAGAGCGGAGAAGUGCCUGACACCUUCAACACAGAACUUUACAAGUGGAGCCUGGAGUCUCUGGGAACCAUCGCCUUGAACCGUCGGUUAGGAUGUCUGCAGCAACAGGAGCCAAAAGAGGCCCACGAGGCUAGCGAUGGUUGUGAUAAAGAAGAAGUGCAUCCUCUCCGUCUGAUUCGCCUCGCCAAGCAGCUGCUGGGAGCCCUCCACGAAACGGAAAACGUUAAGCUAUGGCAGUACUUCCCUACAGCUUCCAUCAUGCGCCUACAACAGGCACACCACGUCUUUACAGAUGUAGUCUUGCAAGCCAUACAAGCUACAGAGCAGAUAGAAGAAGCGAUUCGACAGCAGCAGCAACAGGGCGAAGAUGGGGCGAUGAUACCUUCUUCCACUCUACUGGGGAUGCUACUGGCCACCCCGGAGCUCAGCAGGGAAGACGUGCUCACCUUCAUUCUUGACUUGAUAGCUACGGGAAUCGAUACGACAAGCCAUGCUGUGGGCAACUUAUUGUAUCUAUUGGCACGUCAUCCGCACGUGCAGCAGCAGGUGUACGAGGAGGUGGUCAGGGAGGUGGGGCGGCCUCAGCAUCUCCUGCCUCAGCAUCUCACUGCUCUCACCUACACAAAGGCAGUCUUCCGGGAGUCCUUGAGAUUGAUGCCUGUGAACGUGGGCAUUGUGCGGACACUGACCCGCGACACAGUGCUCGGUGGUUAUCAGGUGCCCAAAGGGUGGGAGGUAGUGGCGCCCACAAUGCUCCUGAACCACCGCGAAGGUUUUCCCCGCGCCAAGGAGUUCCUGCCAGAGAGAUUUUUGCGUGGUUCACCCUGGGCACCACAACACAAUUUUGGCUUCUUGCCCUUCUCUUACGGCCCCAGAAUGUGCAUCGGCAGGAAGAUUGCUUACCAGGAGAUAUUUUGUUUCAUCAUUAGAGUGUUGGGCGAAAUGCAGGUUGACUACAAGUACCAGGAUAUCCACUCAGUGAACCGCCUUAGCUACGGUCCCUCGUCUCCCCUGCGAUUCACCUUCACCGACCGAUAGAAAGCUUCGGAACCCUAAUGAAGAAAAUGAGUCAGUAAAUAAAAAUUAAGGAAAUCAGAAUAUGUACACAUCUAUAUCUAAUCUAUCUAUCUAUAUAUCUAUCUAUCUAUCUAUCUAUCUAUCUAUAUAUAUAUAUAUAUAUAUAUAUAUAUAUAUAUAUAUAUAUAUAUAUAUAUAUAUAUAUAUAUAUAUAUAUAUAUAUAUACCUACCCUUCCUCGACGUCCUCACCACUGCUACAAAUGCAGGAUUCACUACUACUGUCUACACCAAACCCAGCAACAUAGGAUCCUGCCUUAAUGGAAAAAGUGAAUGCCCACAACGCUACCGCACCUCCACCAUGAACGCCUACAUACGACGUGCGCUCACACACUGCUCAACAUGGAGCAACACCCACCAAGAAUUAGAACGCAUCACACAGGUGCUUAUUAACAACGGCUACGAAAACACAGAAGUCAACACAGCCAUCAAGAAUGCCAUAGAUAAAUGGUACAAGAAAGACGAUCCAGAAAAGAAAAACAAAAUACUACUCUACUACAAAAACAUCAUGUCUACAGAGUACAAGACAGACGAGCGCAUCAUCAAAGACAUCAUACAACACCACGUCAAGCCUACAAACGAAGAAGACUGCAUAUCACUCAUCAUAUACUACAACACCAAGAAAACGUCACAGCUGCUGAUAAAAAACAAAACCACCAUGAAGAAAACUCCUUUACAAGAAGAUCAUGUCAUCUACAAACACGCCUGCAAAAUUGAGGACUGUGGACCUCAAACAUAUAUUGGGAUGACAAGGACAACAUUGUCAAGGAGACUCACCUGCCACCUACAGAACGGAACAAUCAAGAACCACUACAACACAUCACAUAAAACUACCGCUACAAGGAAACAUCUGGAAAAUAACACCACUAUCAUCGACCGCGAAAGGGACCCACGCCGCCUACUCUUCUUGGAAUCACUAUACAUAGCACAAGAUAGACCAGCCAUGAAUCUACAAACACAAGACCUACAGAUAUUACCCACACAAAAAAGAAGAUAUAUAUAUAUAUAUAUAUAUAUAUAUAUAUAUAUAUAUAUAUAUAUAUAUAUAUAUAUAUAUAUAUAUAUAUAUAUAUAUAUAUAUAUAUAUACUUAUAUCCCACCACCGCAGAUGCACUUUACAGCAUUGUGAGCGAUGUUUAUGUGUUAUUUCACUUCAUUUAACAGUCACUCGCAGCUUAAACACACUAAAUAUGAAUAACCUAUCAAGACCCCAAACAAUCCACAUUUUGUCUAAGUUCCUUGAGACACGGAAAAUUUGCAGAAUUAUUCUCACAAGCAAUGCUGCCUUGAACCCUAGGUAAGGUGGGGGGGCGGGAGCCUCACUGUUUGGGAGGUGGAAAGAAAUUGAACAAAAUAAAGAAUGAUAUUAAGAUCCA